CUACUUCCACCAGCUCUGAAGUGGAGCUUGACAAAGCCAAGCCUAAGGAGAAUGGAACACAUGGUAAGGCAUGCCCUCAAGAAAAACAGCCAGAAGAAGAGAUACGAAAAGUACCGAAGAGGCCAGGACCAUAUUUUUAUAUCGGUGGAUCUAAUGGGGCUGGACUUGUGAGCAUCUAUUGCCAGAGCAGAGGUUGGCAGCGUAUCUAUGACAACAGAAGAGAGGAUUAUGCACUGAAAUGGUGUGAAAUCAAGUGCCGAGAGACCUAUUACCAUUUCAAAGAAGGUGAUCAGCUUCUCUAUCAGAUUCCCAACAAUGGAGUCCUCACCAGUAAGAUAGGGCUUCUCUGCUGCCUGAGAGAGCAAGAGCAAGUGAUGAAAAAGAUCAGUAGGAGCACUAAUUCCAAGUUUCUGAAGAUGGAAGAAUUCUUCCCAGAAUCUUUUCGCCUGGACUUAAAAGAUGAGAGAAAUGCCUUUUUUGAGCUUCACAAAGAAGAACAGAUUUGGAUCUGCAAACCAAGUUGCUCUAACCAAGGUCGAGGAAUUUGCCUGCUUAAAAAUGCAGCUGCUGUCAACACCCUUCAAGCCGAGCUCCGCGGCACUGAGGAAUACCUACACAGUAAGAGGGUGCCAUACAAGGCUCCCCGGGCGAGAAUAGUGCAAAGAUACAUUCACCAGCCUCUGCUCCUGGAAGGGAAGAAGUUUGAUGUCCGGUCCUACCUCCUCAUUGCCUGCACAGCACCAUAUGUGUUAUUUUUUGGCCAAGGUUAUGUCCGGUUGACCUGUGUCGAUUAUGAUGCUGCUUCUGAUGAUCUGACUGUUCACCUCACCAACCAGCACAUGCAGAAGAAGAACUCCCUGUACAGCCAGUUGAAAGAUGAGACAGUUUGGCGGAUGGAGAACUUCAACAGCUACGUUAAUGAGAAGUUCAGAAAAAACAAUGGCCUCCCCAAAGACUGGGUUUUCACUGUGUUUACUAAAAGGAUGCAGCAGAUCAUGCUGCAGUGCUUCCUGGCAGCCAAGAACAAACUAGAUCGCAAGCUUGGCUACUUUGAUCUCAUCGGCUGUGAUUUUUUAAUCGAUGAAAACUUUAAGGUCUGGCUUCUGGAGAUGAAUGCAAACCCAGCAUUGCAUACCAACUGCAAAGUCUUGAAAGACGUCAUCCCAGCUGUAGUCUAUGAAAGUCUUGAUUUGGUUCUUGAGGUUUUCCACAAGCGCCUCAAAGGCCAGAGUGUUUUGCCUUUAGAGACACUCCGUCAUUUUGUGCUUCUCUAUCACGAGGAUGCUGCAGACCUCGGCCAGAAACAACCCUCGAAGCUCAGAACUGGCCUGUGCACAGGCCGAUUUCUGCAGCCACACACAGGCAGCGCUAGCCACUUCGGUGAUAGCCACGCAGCAGCUCGUACUUAUGGUAUCGGGCCACCAUCUCGGCAGGAAACGAUGACGCUUGGGGAGCUGAGGAGAUGGGGAGGGAGGGAGAGAGGUCUGAAACCAACAGGAAGUGCUUUUACAUCUCAGACGCUGCUGCUUCUGACCCGAGAGGAAUUCAAACGAGCAACAGAAGUACUGUGGGGAAGAACUCCGGAGGAACUAGCAAACUUGUUGGUCACACAGCCUAUCAGUGGCUGGGAAGGGAUGAACAUCCACUCUCUUGGAGAAAUUAUUUGGUCCUCCUUGGUUUUUCUGAGAAGUUAUUGCAUGGAGGAGAUGUGUGAACGUUACAUCGUGCUGUCCCCCUUCCACUUGCUGAUUCUUUCAGUGGAUCGUACACAGAAGGCGUUUGUUUAUGAGGGUCUCCUUCCUCUUGCUGGGAUGCGUCUGAGAGAGAUUGUGAGUGCUAUCAGCCACACAUUUGAAAUUUCUGGGUCCAUGAUAGAAUCCCGGCUUAUUUGCUGCCAGAAUUCAGCUGACUUCAACAUGUGGGUUCAAAAUCUCCAGCACCAAAUCAAGAUGGCAAAUGCUCACUGCCCAGUCAGUCCCAACAAUAACAUCUCUUUUCUGGUACCAUGUGAUGAACCAUGGAAGAAAAGGGAGCUGAUGAGACACCUGUUGUGUAACACCAUUCUGAAGUGGGAAGGAAAACCUAUUCAGCAUCUGGGAAGGAUACAGUAUUUGACCAUGGUGCAAGUGGCUAGUGGCUGCAUGGGGGACUCUCAGGAAAGACUGCUGAUCUUAUUUCCAGAAUAUCUGCUUUUCCUCUCUGUGGAUAAGGACAGAACUACAAUCACAUACAAGGGAAAACUCCCCCUAACUGGAAUCCAGGCAAAGGAGAAAUCUGCUAUGCUGGGGAGGUUACAGUUUGAAAUUACAGGAAGCCUGACAGAGCCAAUCCUUAUCACCUGUUCCACAGCAGAGGAUUAUGAAAAAUGCCUCUUCUACUUACAGAAGCUAAAAGAUGAGGAAAUCCCCAGAGCUCACUGGGGCCCCAAACACCCGUGA